AUGGCCGCAAACACUCGUUAUCACCGUGUGCCUGAAGACUGUCCUUCGAUGGACUCACCCACUGGAAAUGAAGAUCCUAAUGUGCUGCUCAUCGAUCCCAACGCGAAUGAUAGUGAAGACAAGCCUCCUAAGACAGAACAUAGAUUCGCCUGCCAUCCGACAUUCUUCUUCCGCCUCAUCUCCGUCUGUGUCUUCAUUCCCAGCUUCGUGCUCUUGAUUAUAGGAAGUCGACAAGCCAGCAUUCCAGCCAUCGUCUUCAUUUGCUUCGCUCUUAUCCGAAAUUUCCUCGUCGUUCUCCAUCACAUCUUUUCCAAACACGUACGAUUGCAUCUCGAAUUUCGCAACCGUUCUCCGAGAACCCGGAAGUCCAGCAAAAGCUGGCUAGGAUGGCUGAAGCAUGGCCGAUUACAUCUUCUCCUUGAUAUGGUGUUACUUAUCAUACUAUUUAUCACUACAAUACUUGGAACUCGAGCCCCUAGUAGGUACAGAUGGUAUAACGAGGAGCGAACUCCCGAAGUCGCAGCAGGAUGUAUCCUCGCCUUUGUCGGAAUUUUGGCUUACGCCAUCUCUGUACCUGAUCUUGGGAAGCCAAGCAAUAUCACAAUAUCAGGAGGUGUAUCUUUUAACUACGCUAAGAGCAAACAAGUCAAUCGACCAGAACAACCACAGAUGUACAGAGACAUUGAGGCUAGGGGUGAAAUUGGUAUAUAG